AUAGCAAAAGAUAUAAGCAGUGUCAUGUCAUGAGCAACGAUUGUGGCCAGAAUAUUAAGAAAAGGCGAAAGCGAACUGGAUUAAUUACAUCUGGAGACAGUGACCCUGUUGAAGACACUAUGAAGCUAAAGCCUGAAAAUGACACAACUGAUUCUGAAAAUUUGCUCAAUGGCCACGUACUUAAUGAAAAAGAGAAAGAACUAAUCAACUCGUAUCAAGAAACCCAAGCAAGUUACCUCGUGGGUGACCGGUGCCACCACCACCGCCACAAAAGCCGUUUCAGUCGCGAAAAAGAAUCGGUUGAUUCCAAUGUCUCUUCCACAUCAAGUUCAACUGAUGUUACCAUGCCAACCACUAACAACCCAUCUACAACCACUAAAACUAACAUUGCACAAACGUGUAACUGUAAAACAUGCAUAGAAAGAAGAAACCUUGAAUCAGAGCACAUGUUGGACAGCCAAUUGCGACACGCAUGGACACAAGUACGACACCUGGUCCGGUGUGCUUACCAUGACCCCUUAGUGCUCACAAAUGUCAACGCUGAUGAGUUUAAAGCUUACGUAGAACUGUUAGUGGCCAAAGACCCUCACUUAUUAUUCCUAAGAAUAGAAAGUCAAGCAAGGGAUUAUGUUAAUGAAGUAAAGACUCGACUUUUAAAACAACUCACGAACGGUUACAACACCCCUCAACUUGCUUGUAAUUUUGUCAACGUUAUGUUCAAUGAGUUUACCAAUCUUCUUAACACUGCUCGUACUGUAGCUACCUUUAUUUCACACUUGGAGGAAAACCAUUUGUCAAAGUUCAAAAACAUAACAUGGGAGCAAUACAACAUGUUCCUAUACCAAAGUAUGGUCCAUAGUGAGAAGGUGUUUGAAGCUCCUUUGCUUGAAAUACUAAGCCAACUUAAGCAAGGAAGUGCACAGAUCAAUUCUAGGGUGGAUAACGUGUACAUGACAACUUUGCUCAAGUACCUCAAGUUCGACAACCAGAUGUCACAAAUCUAUGACGCGCGACGUGAUGUCCAGAAACUAAUGGAUGACUUUAAUGACGAGAGGUUGGAGAUGAAGAGGACACAGAGGAACCAGCCUCGUCACUCCGAGAAGACAUGGGAAGUCUUCCGUGCACACCAAGCAUCAUUUGAACAGUUAUUCUCCAACCCCCAAAACGAGGAAUCAAUUAAUGACAAUCGUUUGUCGUUAACCCUCCGUCAAUGCACAUGUUCUGCAUCACUGAACACAGAGUUGAAAACAGAGGAAAACGAGCAGGGCGAGAGCAUCCGCUACGAGGUGAACCUUGCAUCCGAAUCCAACCAAACCAACAGCGAGGAGUCUCGGCACGACCACGAUUGCAUCUACGCGCACGCUGCUCCCGAAAAAUGUGUCGUAUCAUUUCUGACCAACGACUACCUGCGCGACAUCAAACCACCCAGCGUGCCUUCUGAUGAUGGUGAGAGCAUCGACAGCAACGACGAGCCUCCAGUGAUCGUGGAACAUCCGGGACUUGUUGUUCCCUCCGAUCUGGAUGGGGAGCUUGACUCGCUGGACUCUUCUUCCCCACAUCCAAGUGGUGAUCUCGGACACAAUCCCUUUCUCCAAUUCGAUCAUCCGAACCAUCUUCUUUUCAACUCUGCUCGCUCCUUCAUCCUCCCUACCUUCCAUCAUACUCCUCCUUAUCAUCUGCAACCUCUCGGGAAGACUCCUUACUUCAAGGAUGCGGCUCUCAAUGAUAGCAGUCCAGAGGACCCCCAAGGGGGAGAAAAUCGCUCCGAAGAGUCAGAUACUCCCUACCAGGAUCCUCUCGCUUAUUUUAAAGAUCUUCCUCUGGAUUCGGAUGCGAGAGAAUACACGACGUCAUCUCUGAAAGCUGAUGAGGAUGAUGUAGUUAAGAUGGUCUCCUCAAAAGGUGGCGGAAAAAGUUCUGUUGACACAGAAUCGAAGUCAGAUGAACAAAAGGUCCAUCAGCCACAUAUGCACAACCACAUACCAUUUCCACAUGGUUAUCUAUCAGAUGAAGCAGGUCUUGUGGUGCAUCAUGAUAAAAAGAAGAGGUUUCUCCCAACCCUGCAUUCUGAUGACACAGAUUCACUUUCUUCUUUGGAUUACUCUGUUUCGGAAGCUAACGGACAUAAAGGGAAAAAGCUGAAAAAGAAGUUACACAGAAAAACAAACUCGAAAAGUAACAUUCAACUGGAUAAAUCCGUUACAAGCUCGGCACACUCACCACCAGGAGUUGCUAAAGAUCAAGUCAAAACUCCUUCACCACAAAGUUGUCAACUAGAUGAUGGGAGUGAAUACGAGGAUGCAGAUGAUGAAUAUGAUGAUGAGGAAGAAGAAGAGGAAACCUGCAAGUGUGAUCGAUGCAUCAACUUUUCGAGAGGCAAUGAGCAACCGAGAGAAUAUCUUUCAGAUUCGAAGCCAUAUCUCUCUUUACCCAUGGACCCCCCUAACCCCAAUGGAAAUCCAUGCGAGUGUCAAUCUUGUCUCCGAUUGGCUGCUGUGAGUUUCUUUGCCGCUCAAUCCGGCCAAUCAUCAAGCACCUUGAGCGGUUUCCCGUCUAAUGAUAUUGAGACAUCGUCAGGGUUGCAAUCUCAAUUUUACGACCCCUUACAAAACCUUCAAUCACUGAUUCACCCUCACUUGUACGGGCUCCCCACCAACCUCAGCUCUCUGUCGCACUCUGGUGAUCCUGCCUCUUCAUUGCCAUCAAGUGGCAGUCACAAGAACAUCACGAACACUGAUCCUCUCCCAACUCCAACCUCCACAACAAGCUGGGACCUUCUGGGCAAGAUACAAACAGGAAAACUCGGUUCUGGGCAAACCGGACUUCCUCAAACACUUGCAGAUUGGUCUGUUCCACACCAGGGCUGGUUAAAUGGUUCAACGAACUCCUCAUCCAUAAUUGGACCUCAGCUUGUUAGUGGGAACAGUAUGUCUGCUUUCCAACAUUACCUUCAUAACAGUUCUAUGGCUGGGGGGGCUUUUCUGCAACCAUUCGUACCCGGGACCCUCCCGUUACCCCACAACACAGGGGUAUCUCACCCACAGUCGGCAUUUUUACCCACCAUGACAGAAGAAAGCAGAACCUUCUCUCACUUAAGCAGUUCCAGUACAACUAGCGAUAACCAGACAUCUGAACCAAAUUUUACCAUAUCGUUACCCACGACAGUAACCAACUCAAGAGAAAACCCCCAUGUCACCCCUAACCCCAUGUUCCCCAACUAUUUUUCAUCCAUAUAUGCCCCCAUGGCCGAUUUUGGGGUCAAUCACUCGUUCACACCCCAGGUCACCCAACCUGACCCAGGGGGUCUCGGUUCACCCCAGGCGGGCACCCAACCCAUAAGAUUCCACCCUGGAACAUCGGUUAGUUUAAAAGAUGGCCAGUUCAACUUAGUAAGAGGAAGUGAACCAAGUGCGGUGCUCUUUAAUACACAAUUUUCGAGUCCUGAAAAAUCGAGUCCACCAGCUGGUAGCCAACCAAGUUUCAUCACCACCACCCACAACUCAUGUAUGCAGCAUAAUCUAUUUCUACAACAUACAACUAUGCCCUCAACCACAGGUUUAUCAGGGACCUCUGGAUUCCUCCCUGUCCUCUCAACAUCCAGUCCCAGCUCCGGAGGAGCCAACCUCACAAACCCAACAUCCGCAACAACCAACGCAUCGCAGAUCCAGCAACAAAUCCUGCGACGAAAAAUCCUGGUCGCCCAAAGCAAAUUAUCCAAACAACCCCGGGGACCUCAAGCAAAACCCAUUGACCCCCAAAACCCACAAAGCGGCUUGUUAAAAGGCCAUCCUCUUCCGCAGUUAAAAGGGCAGUCAGUUCUACACUCCACAAGUCAGAGCACCGUGACGCAAACACAACCCCCCCAAUGCCUACCUGUGCAGGAGACCCAAACCCCUGAAACAACACGACCCCCACGACCCGACACCCCUAGAUCGAACAGGCGUCUAGUCCCAGGGUCCCCCACCCCUACAACACCCCCUGCACCCCCAACCACAAAGAAACAACCAUCAGCGGUGCCCCCGAACCACCAGCAACCAUCACCCACCCACAACAACCAGACAACCAACCCCACGUGCACGGACUCUGCUUGCCAACAUGCACAUGGAGCCAACAAUGGUUCAGCGACUUCCACACAGUCAGGCAAUGGUGUGAAUGGGAAUGGUACUAAUGGCAGCAACUGCAAAUACUGCAAUUGUUGCUAUUGUGAGUUGUUUGGUAAUGGUGGUCCACCUUUGGCACCAACAAGCAAAAAUUACCAGGAAAUGCGAGCGCGUCUGCGUCGUAAACUAAAGAAAGGAAAACCAGAAGAUGGUAAAGAUGAUGGAAGAUCAGAUAAUGACAACGUUUCUCAAGAGACAACAUCACCCGUUCGGCAUUCUCCGGAGUCCUUGUCCUCCCAGAUCAAUCAGAAGAGUGUGGAGGAACUGCUCUCUUUCAUCGAGGGGCAGAAGACUUCUGAAGAGGAGAAGAGCAAGAAGGCAGCGAAGAGAGCUCGACAAAAGCAGAGGAAGGAGAAUGAUAAGAAGAAGACACAAGGAUCAGAAGCGGACUCAAAGGAUCACAAAACUGCUCCGGAUGUUAAGACUGUGGAGGUAGAGAAGAAAUUAGAAGAUGAUGCAAAGAUGAAACAUCAAACUCCUAAAGAUCAGGUUGAUGCAGAGGGAGACAAAAACGGGAAGAAGAAAAAGAAGAAAAAAGGAAAAGAUGCACAGGAAGAUGAUCUUAAGGUAUCAGUGAAGAUAGCUCCGAAGAAUUGCUCCGGGGAUGCGAAAGUGACGAGCAGCAAAGAUGUGGAAGAAAAGUCCUCUGCCGAUAAAAACAAAACAGUCAGAUCAAAAGCGCAACCACAAUCUGAAGUGAAAAAAGUUUCUAAAUCUAUAGAGGAAACUAGAUCUGUUGGUCAAAGCAAGGGUAAAACCAAUGUCGUUCAAGUCGAUCAGAAGCAAUCUCGGCAUAUUAGCAUACAGCAAAACCCGUCUAAACCAGUUAAAACUGGUCAGCAAAAACCAGCUACACUGCAGUCUCCUGAUGGAUCGUAA